AUGGCGGAACAAGAGGUGGAUUUGGAUUCCAUCAUAGACAGACUCUUGGAGGUGCGAGGCAGUCGGCCUGGCAAGCAGGUCCAGCUUCUCGAAACAGAGAUCCGCUACCUGUGCACCAAGGCCCGUGAGAUCUUCAUCUCGCAGCCUAUUCUGCUGGAGCUCGAGGCGCCGAUUAAGAUUUGCGGUGAUAUUCACGGUCAAUACUACGACCUCCUCCGCCUGUUCGAGUAUGGCGGUUUCCCCCCAGAGGCCAACUACCUCUUCCUUGGCGACUACGUAGACCGUGGCAAGCAGUCUUUGGAGACCAUCUGCCUGCUCCUCGCAUACAAGAUCAAGUACCCGGAAAACUUCUUCAUCCUGCGUGGCAACCACGAGUGCGCUUCCAUCAACAGGAUCUACGGUUUCUACGAUGAGUGCAAACGGAGGUACAACAUCAAGCUGUGGAAGACCUUUACUGACUGCUUCAAUUGUCUGCCAAUUGCUGCAAUCAUCGAUGAGAAGAUCUUCACGAUGCACGGAGGCUUGAGUCCGGACCUGAACUCCAUGGAGCAGAUCCGCCGCGUCAUGAGACCCACUGACAUCCCUGACUGCGGGUUGCUCUGCGAUCUGCUGUGGUCCGAUCCCGACAAGGACAUUACCGGCUGGAGCGAAAAUGACAGAGGUGUCUCGUUCACCUUCGGCCCUGAUGUUGUCUCACGAUUCUUGCAGAAGCACGACAUGGAUCUUAUUUGCCGUGCGCAUCAGGUUGUGGAGGAUGGUUACGAGUUCUUCUCUAAGCGUCAGUUGGUUACGCUCUUCAGCGCUCCCAACUACUGUGGCGAGUUCGACAACGCCGGCGCCAUGAUGAGCGUCGAUGAGAGCCUACUGUGUUCCUUCCAGAUCCUGAAACCAGCCGAAAAGAAGCAAAAGUACGUCAGCAAUCUGGGCUCAGCCAAACCCGCCACUCCUCGAAGCAGCAAGAAGUGA